AUGCCAUAUGCGAAUCAACCAUCCGUACAUAUCACAGAAUUAACAGAUGACAAUGUUAAGUUUGUCGUUGAAGAUACGGAGCUUAGUGUAGCAAAUAGUAUGCGACGUGUGUUCAUAGCGGAGACUCCGACAAUGGCUAUUGAUUGGGUGCAAUUAGAAGCAAAUUCAACCGUACUCAGUGACGAGUUCUUGGCUCAUCGCAUUGGCCUUAUUCCUCUCAUUUCCGACGACGUUGUUGAUAAAAUACGCUAUUCAAGAGAUUGUAUGUGCGCUGAUUUUUGUACUGAAUGCAGUGUUGAGUUCACUUUAGAUGUUAAAUGCACAGAUGAUCAAACAAGACAUGUGACCACAGCCGAUUUGAAAUCAAGUGACCCAAGAGUAGUCCCUGUAACUUCUAGACACAGAGAUGAGGAUCAAACUGAUUAUGGCGAAAUUGACGAGAUUCUCAUUAUCAAAUUACGGAAAGGACAAGAGUUGAAGUUAAGGGCAUAUGCUAAGAAAGGUUUUGGAAAAGAACAUGCUAAAUGGAACCCGACCGCAGGUGUUUCCUUUGAGUACGACCCAGAUAAUAUUAUGAGACACACAUUAUAUCCAAAGCCAGAUGAAUGGCCAAAAAGUGAACACACUGAGUUGGAAGAAAACCAGUUUGAAGCCGAAUUCAAUUGGGAGGCAAAACCUAAUAAGUUUUUUUACAAUGUGGAAUCGUCAGGAGCCCUGAAACCAGAAAACAUAGUACUUAUGGGUAUUGUUGUAUUAAAAAAUAAAUUGCUAAAUCUUCAAGUACAACUUGCACAAGAAGCACACAAUGAUGCAUUAGCAAUCAAC